UGGAUCCAGCAUAAGAUGGCACUAACGUCGACUUUUAUUAUCUCACUUAUUCGAACUCCGUUGACAACAGUUGACGUUGGGACUAAGCGCUUGAAAUUUUAUCAUUUUAUCAUGAGUGUCUGUCGGCUAGAAAGUUGCGUUCAAUUUCCUCUUUCAAGGAAGGAACUGAAAGAAACCGUAGAUAAGGCCAGAGACUGGGCGCUUAUGCACGGCCUAAGUAUGCGAUCCAAGAAGAAUUUUAACAGAGACCAAGUGCAAAUAUUACCUUUUGCAUUGCUACCAACAAGUUUUCCUAGAAAAAGCUUUGAAACUGCGAAAAGCGUACAAACUCUAUUGAAUGAACUCAUCCAUAAGGUUGCUUAUAAUAAGGAAUUUAUCGCAGCUAGUCUGAAAAGCACGAUCAAAGCUGAUCCAUUCACAGCAGAAUUAUUCCGUAUAUAUGAAACUGUAUACCAGGAAGGUUUUAGUCAGCGUAUAAGUCUUGGAUUAUUAAGGUCAGACUAUUUGUUACAUGGAGACUUAGGUGGUAAGAUAAAGCAAGUUGAAAUAAAUACGAUAGCAUCUAGCUUUGCUGGUAUAGCUAGUAUUACAUCACAAUACCAUAAAUACAUACUAGCAGAAUUGGGAUAUACAGAGAAGGCAAGAAGUAUUCCAGAAAAUAAUGCUCUUACCGGAUUUUGCAAUGGAUUAGUAGCAGCUUGGAAAUUAUACAACAAUAAGGAGGCUAUUAUAUUGUUUGUUGUCGAGGAUGUGACUUAUAAUAUAUGCGACCAAAGAUUUCACGAAUUUGAAAUUCGUCGAUUAAAUCCAGAGAUUAAAGUUAUCAGAAGAAGUCUAACGAGUUUAGUAUCCGAAUCUACAAUAAAGUUAGGACCACAUAAGGAAUUAAUUGUUGGGAAUAUGAUAGCGGCUGUGGUUUAUUAUCGUUCUGGUUAUCAACUCGAAGCGUAUCCUACAGCUCAAGAAUGGGAUACAAGAUUGCUAAUAGAGCGUUCACGUGCGAUAAAAUGCCCGUCGAUACAGUAUCACUUAGCAGGUACUAAAAAAGUGCAACAAUCCUUGGCUCAAUCGAGUAUAUUGAAGAAAUUUCUAACAGAUGAAGAAUCCAUCACUAAAAUACAAGAAGUAUUUGCCGGUUUAUACACAUUAGAUUUUACUGAUGACGGAGAAAAAGCAUUGACAAUGGCUAUGAAUGAGCCAAGCAAGUAUGUCCUUAAACCGCAACGAGAAGGAGGAGGAAACAAUGUAUACAAUGAUGACAUAAAAACAUGUCUGAAUUCUAUGAAAAAUACAAAGGAGAGAACGGCGUAUAUUCUCAUGGAUCGCAUUUAUCCUCCUUUACAGACAAACUAUCUGAUACGUGCCGCUCAAGAACCGAUAUCAGAAAGUAACGUCAGCUUAUCGGAUGUUGUGGCGGAACUUGGUAUAUAUGGAGUAGUAGUGGGAGAUGGCAAACAGAUAAUGAUGAAUGAAGAAGUUGGUCAUAUUUUGAGAACCAAAUCGUCGACCGAAAAUGAAGGCGGAAUAGUGGCGGGUGUUGGUGCGCUUGAUAGUCCUUAUCUUAUUAGUUGAAACGAUAAUACAAUGACGUAAAUUAUAGCGUAAAUUGCAGUAUGAUUUGCGAAUGUUUGCUAGCCGUUUCGACUGUCAUUGUGCAUUUUAUUACCCAUACAAGAACUCAAGUCCGGACAUUUAAUUGCACUUUUCAAGAAAUUUCGAGAGUUAGAUUACAUUCACCUCUUUCCGUGCCCUUUUUUUUUUUUU